AGCAAUGCGCGGCCAACGUCGUCACCACCUCUCCACCAUCCACCAUCCACCAUCCCCGAUCACGAUACCAUCCCUAAGUAGUUACCUAGCUUCUACAUCCUUACUUUUCUAGAAAGCCUAGGCCAAGCUACUCGAACUCCUCAGUGAUCGCAACACAUAACGCUUUGGAUUUCUAACAGGCUGCAUUUGAUUGUAUCAGGACAGCUAGCACAGCUUGUUUCUUCACUAUGUUCCGUGGUGCUGCGAGCAACCCGUACGAUGAGGGCAUCGUCAAAGCAACCGACGAGAAUCUCACGAGCGAAGACUGGGGUGCUAUCAUCGAUCUUUGCGACAAGGUUUCGAGCGACCCGAAUGGUCCCAACCAAGCUAUACAAGGCUUGAUCAAACGACUAGCGCAUCGAAAUGCCAACGUCCAGCUAUAUACACUUGAGCUCGCAAAUGCGCUCUCCCAGAACUGCGGGAAGCCUAUGCACCGCGAACUCGCUAGCCGCUCCUUCACAGACGCCCUUCUAAAGCUUGCCAACGACCGUAACACACAUCAGCAAGUGAAGGCCAAAAUUCUCGAACGCACAAAGGAAUGGUCCGACAUGUUCAGCAAUGAUGCUGAUCUCGGGAUAAUGUACGAUGCUUACUACCGCCUGAAGCAGAGUAACCCAACCUUGCAACCUCCUUCGGCCCCCCAAAAGACUGGGCUCACCGACCUUGAUCGUCAAAAGGAGGAGGACGAGCUACAGAUGGCCCUCAAGUUAUCAUUGCAAGAGGAAGAGAGGAAAAAGAAGGCGACUGAGAACACGUCCUCCCCGCCCGGUCCCAGCUCUAGCGCCGGUCCCAGCCAAGGAGCUGGUGCAUCAACUGGGACGGCCGAGCCAAUACCGUCACACCCUACUGGUACCACUGCCGCAACUGUAUCUCGCGUUCGUGCGCUUUAUGACUUUGUACCUUCCGAACCUGGCGAGCUGGAAUUUAGAAAGGGAGACGUCAUUGCUGUUCUAGAGUCUGUCUACAAGGACUGGUGGCGGGGCUCUCUAAAAGGCCAGACGGGCAUCUUUCCCCUCAACUAUGUCGAAAAGCUUACGGAUCCAACGCCGGAUGAAUUACAACGAGAAGCGCAGAUGGAGGCUGAGGUGUUCGCCGAGAUUAAAAACGUGGAGAAGUUACUUACACUACUAAGCACGUCCAACACGGCACCACGCGAAGAGGAUAAUGAGGAGAUUUCUAAACUGUAUCACCAAACAUUGGCAAUUCGGCCGAAGUUGAUCAAGUUAAUCGAAAAAUACUCCCAGAAGAAGGACGACUUUACGCAGCUAAACGAAAAGUUUAUCAAAGCAAGAAGAGACUACGAAUCAUUGUUAGAGUCUUCUAUGUCUCAUCCGCCACAACACAAUUAUCACCACUAUGGGGCCGGUCCCCCCGUGCCUCAAGGAUAUGGAGCUCCGGCUGGCCCACCGGGUCCGGGCUACGCUCCCCAGGGUCCAACCCCGGGCCCGCAAGAUCCUCAGAGAUAUUAUACCCCUGGACCUCAGGGGCCACCGCAACAAGAGCACAAUCAAUACCAGGCUACAUCACCGCCACCUAAUUUCCAACGACCAACUCCUGGACCAGCGCCAUUCUAUCUCCAAGGCGCCGAGGUGCCUCCUCAAGGCGGACCGCCUCCCUCACAGCAAUAUCCCCCACGAGAUCAACCAUCACGAAUAGCUGCAGGUAAACAGCCUGUACCUCAGCACACCUCCAGCCCACCUCCCCAGCAAGCAUAUCAACCCUACACACCUGCCUCGCACCUGGGAGGGCAACGACCACAGAGUACAUACGGUAACCCUCAAGAACUAGCUACACCAGCUUACGACUCACCCGUGGCGACUCAUAAUAGCGCAAGUGGACCGGAUCCAUAUUCAGCAUCCGCCUAUUCCCAAGACGAUAUGUAUAGCAGCCCUACAGCUCCUGCUCCAUCGGCCUCUCCCGGACCAUCAGGUCCUCCUCAAGGUGUGCUUACACCUCUCGCCCUGGCCUCUCACUCUGGCCAGCCGCAAUAUACAGCCUAUAAUCCCAAUCCCCGUCCCCUUCAACACCAAGACUCUUUUGACACACCGUCUCAACCUCCACCGCCCCAGCCAACUGGGGCCGCACCACCAAUUCCACAUAACCAGGUACCCGACGGGGUAACCCCGCUUCCUCUACAACCCGGCGGCCAGCACUACGAUUCACGCCAGUCGCUACCUAGUCAACAAGCCCAGCAACCUCACUACAAGGCUUACGUACCGCCAGGUGUCGGUAGUGAACCAAGUGCACCACAAGAUUACUAUAGACAAGGUGCUGCAUACUGAAGAGGUAGCGAGGCAGGGAGUCUAGAAGCCGACGGAAUCAUACGAUAAUUGUACUGGAAUUUAGUGAAAUGAUCGCGAUUUCAAAGAUGGGAGACACAGGUUCAAAGUGCUGAAAAGGUUGAGCAGGGUAAGCGCUUGAGGCUAUAGGAUAUGAUACAUAAUGGGGAAUAGCGAAUCAGCACGUGAAAUAGUGGACCGAGGGCAAAGCCAUGAAUGCUUAGCAUUGUGCUAUGCUGUGCACUCUGUUUGAAUUCAGGUUAUAUAGUGUAGUCCUUUUGGCUUGGUCUGGGCAGUGGAUUCUGUAUCAUAUCUAGGUCGGUGGUGCCAGAUGAUAUUGUCUCUUUUUGAUAAGCAGGUUAGCUUCACCUAUACCUAACAGGUGAGGUCUAUUUCUGGUGAUAUAAUAUAUAAACUGUUUACCCAA